CUUCAUCAUGUCUCUGCAGCCCGCCAACAGGAGGACCCCUACAGGAUCACGCAGGAGGUGUGCUGCCCCUGGUGGCAGCUCUCGUCACUCCCAUGCCGACUCCUCCCUCAGCAGCUACUCCUGCUCCUCAUCCAAAACCUCCGAGUGUAUACAAACGUCUCGCUCACAACCUGUUACGCCCAGGAGGCAGGUUAAGCACUCCACGUGCAGUGACAACCACGGCAUCCGUCCGCCCGCCCCGGAGCAGUACCUCACCCCCCUGCAGCAGAAGGAGGUCUGCAUCAGACACCUGCGCGCCCGGCUACGCGAGAACGUCGAGAGGCUGCAGGACAGAGAUGUAGAGAUCGAUGAGCUGCGAGGUCAGCUGGUGCGUAUGCAGGAGGACUGGAUCGAGGAGGAGUGUCACCGUGUGGAGGCACAGAUGGCCCUCAAGGAGGCGCGCAAGGAGAUCCGGCAGCUGCAGCACGUGGUGGAGACCGUACGCACCAACCUGGGCACCCGAGAACCCGGGGAGUCCGUGCAUGGUGAGCCCAAGUCGGAGGGCUGGUUCACCACUCCCGGUGGCCGGGUGUUGGUGGCUCGUCCGGGGCUGUCUCGCUCCUGCGGCUGCUCCCCGGCACACACCAUCAGCCGCAGUGCCACCUACACACGCCUCAGCACCGACGCCUCCCCAACCACCUCCGUCGCCACCGAUCGCAAUGGGAACGUCGAUGGCACUGCCGGAGUGGGGUUCGGUGCUGGGGCGGUGAAGAGCAAGACCCUGCCUCGGGGCGAGGGCCGCACCCACCUGCUGCUGGAGGCCGCCCUGCUGGCAGACCACCACCGCUGUCCCAGCAUGCCGCGCUCCUCCACCUACGAGCGGCUGUGCAGCGGGGAGACCCUGCUGCCUGUACCCGUGCCCCACCCCCACCCUCACCCACACCAUCACCCGUCCUGCUGCCACGCACUCAAUAACAACUGCAGCUGUGGCACCCCCCACUCCUACAUGCCCCACCACCACCUGUUCCUGCACCUGCCCCAGGAGGAUGCCCCUCUGCCCCCUCCGCCCAUACCCCCACCGCCUGUCCCCGCCCCGUCCUCCGUCCCCUCCGACAGCUCGGAGGUGAGCGACCGCCCCGGCUACCGCUCGCAGGCCUGCAGCCCCACCAUCACCUGGAUCUCCGAGGAGGACGGGGGCUGCACCACCGGGGACGAGCUGAGCAUGAUCACCACCGCCUCCACCGCCCCCAUCACCUCCUCCAACGCCCCGGCCCCGCCUCAUCAUCAACUCAACCCCGCCACCGCCCUCACCACCAUCAGCAACAGCGCCACCAGCGCCGCCGUGGACACCUCCAUCCUGUCCGAAGCCACCGCCUUCCUGUCCCUAGGGUCCUCGCCGACCGUGUCCUCGGGCACCCCGCAGGCUACGUUUGUGGACCUGGCUGACGUGUCCCCACUGGACGGAAGCUCGUCCCUGGAGUUCCCGCCUCCUCUUCCUCCACAGCCACACCCGCCUGUCUCUCUAGCACCCUCUGGUGGUGUCUCUCCGCAGACACAGCAGCCUCAGCGGCUGACCCCGACCCCGACGUCGGCGGCCAUGACCCCGAUUUUGACCCCGACACCGACUCCGUCUCUGUCUCCGCUGAUUCCACCAUUGACCCCGAUGACCCCAUCAUCCCCGCUAGUCCCGACGACCGCGACCCCUACUCCGUCCCCGUCCCCCAUGGUCGAGCCUCUUCCCCCGUCGGUUCCCCCGUCCCCGAGGGAGGUCCACGUUCUGGAAGUGUCCGAGGAGGACGACGACGUUCGGAGCCCACUGAGCGGCACACGUCGCGACGGCGAGGAGGAGGAAGAGGACGAGGAAGAAGAUGAGGCAGGAAACGAGCCUCCUCAGCGCUGCCACUGGAGCCGCUACUUCCUGGUGGACCUGCUGGCGGUGGCGGUUCCCGUGGUGCCGGCUGUGGCGUGGCUGUGUCGCGGGGCGCGCCGGCCGGACCUGCCUGUCUACCCCAUCGGGUCGCUGCUGAGGGGCUGCUGCGCUGUGGCGCUGCACUCGCUGCGGAGGGUGGGGAGGGGGAGGGGCAGAGGGAGGGGCCCCGCGAAUGCAGGUGGGGCUACUAAUAUUUAA